ACGAAACGCAUUGCUUACAGCUGUACAGCUGAUGCGCGUCUAUUACUUAAUUAAUUUCUAGUAGUAGCGGCCGUGAAAGUCUUUAGUAAAUUAAAUGUAAACAUGAACCAGUUGCAACAAGUAGAAGAUUUUUCGGAAUUCUGUGUCGACGUUUCAAAAGUUACGUAUUUAUUUAUUUUUUAGUUUAUUUUAACAAGAGAUUAAUCAUUUUUAUUUAAAGUUCGAUUAGAUUAGACAUUCGUAUGCUGAACAACGUUUAAGUGAUAACAGCGGAAUGUUAACGUUUUAUUAGCUCAGAAGUCUGAAUCAAACUUUUAUUCAUAUUUUUUACUUUUGUAACUAUUUACGAGUACAAUCCACGUAAAAGGUAAGAUAGGGGAUUGUAUUAGCUUAAUAUAGUUCGGGAUUCUCAAAAUGGAAGCAACAGAAAGAGGACAGGAAAGCACAAUUGAAGAUAAUGAAAUCUUUGAUUUAACGGGUCUCUUUGAGACACACUCAGCUAAGCAUACUCUGAAUAACCAUCAAAAACAACUUUCAGAAGCUCUUCCAUCAAAAUCAAAGGUUUCAGUGGGUCAGAUCGAUACAAACAGUGGCAAUGCUGAAAUCACUUGUGCUGUCUGCGGCGAAAAGACUACAUAUAAAGAAUUUGACAAACAUAAGAAUACCAAAAUUCAUCGGUCGAAGUACGCAACGUUCCGCAAAAAACGAAAAAUAACACCAACAGAAGAGAAAGAAACUGGACCUUCAACAACCGUUGCUAAAAGUUUAUCUUUCCAAAUGGAACCACAAACCCAAAGUUUACACGACAAAAGAAAAGUGAAAGAGACUUAUCACGUACGUGGCGGAAAUCCUCUUCCAGAACAACACCACCUCUACAUAGUUACAUUGUCAACAUACUUCGCUUUAAAAUAUUGUUUAAGUAAAGACAAUAGAGAUUUUAGAAUAUCGGUAAUAAACUCAGACUGGAAUGAAUUUGGAGACGUUGUUAUCGAAUUUUAUACCUACAAUUCAGUAGAUGAAAUUCAAGCUAUACAGUGUAAGCAAGUUCAGACCAGAAGUAACAUUUUAGUCCCAACACUGGCUGCUGAAAUGGGAAAGUUUAGUAUAAAAAGUCGAUGCGAUAUUUUGAUGCAACUGAAAAACAAGAAAAAAAAAUCUUACGAUAAAGCUUACUUCAAAUUAUUCACAGUUUCUAGCUUGCAAGUUAACAAAGACGACGUUUCUAAAUUUGUGUAUAAUGAUGAUGCACUUAGAGAUUGGAAGAACGCCGAAGACAAAGAAAAAUGGAAAGACAACGAGCUGAAGAUUCCCGAAUACAAAAGGAUGCAUUUGUUGAACACAACCGACGAUUCUGACGAUAUCUGUAUAUUCAAAGUCGUAGACAAAGACAAUAAGCAAGUGUUUGAUGAUUUGAACAAGUUUAGUAUGUUUACAAAUCAACGAAAGUUGGAAGGUCUAAAAAGGUCUAUAAAAUUAAUGCUACAAAAUAAGUUCGAUAACUGCGGCGAUGUUUCACAAGAACUUAUCAAUUAUGUAUGUACCCAUUUUAAACAGAAACAAACUUGCAAGAAAUUAUCGAGGAACAGUUUUCUUCUAAAAAUUGCUGAAUUGCUUCUGAAACCCUUUCUCGUGUCUUCAGAAAAUAUCGCCGAGACAAGGCUGACAGCAUGGAAUGAAAUACUAAUGAUAUUUGAUUUGAUUAUUAUUAGAGACCAGCGCGGCGUAGCUGAAAAUAUUUAUAAAUGCUUCAACUACAUUCUGCGCAGAGAAACGAAUUUCGUUGAAAACAACGGUAAACUGAAAAUCGAAAAAGCUAACAUUUCUGAACUGGGAUUGUCUGAGGUAAUAUUUGAAAAGUACGAAGAAACUAUAGAAUUAACGUUAGCGCAAGCGUACUUAGCAAUGUGGAAAGCAAAAUUUAUACCCUUGGUACUGUUCGUAAACGAUGAAAACGAAUUAAAAACUAUCAGCAAUAUAAUCACCUUCCUUCACGAAGAACAUAUCACUUUAAAAUUCAUUAUUAUUACGGAUUUGAAAAUUGGUGCUACUACAUUUUAUGAAAAUUUAAAAAUCUUUCUGAACUUAAAAGACCUGCAAGGUAAAGAAACCAAAACCAUUUUCGAUAGUAUACAAAACAGAAUUAAAAUUAAAGUUUGCGAUACAUCAGUUCUUUUAAAGGAAAUAAUCGACUAUAAUCCAACCUUUCUGGAAAAAAUUUCUCCAGACGUGCUGUUAAAUAUGCUGUUGGAAAAAUAUUCUUUCAAAUAUGUGGACAUGUCUAUGGAUCAUGAUGUAAUUGUGGAUGAUCCUCUUGUUCUGAGUAAAGAAAAGGUAGACUUGAUUCACAACAGUCCUAGCGAUGAUGAUGGCGAGAACCAGGUGGAGAAUUUAUCGUAUGUGGUUAAUGUAAAGGGAAACCCAAUUUAUUUGGACGUACCUCCAGUAUUAUAAGUAUAUUACUACGCUUUGUUUCUAUAAGUACUGUCUUUAUAUUUCACUUUUUUUUGUUUAUCCUGCAGUGAAUAUUAGAUUAUUGUAUUACAUCCGAACAA